AUGAAAAUCACCGGUCUUAAUAUUUGUCUAGUAAUUUUAGCCCACGUUUUUGCUAUUGUUUCCACCGAUCCCGAUCAACCAAAACGCGAUGAGAAAAAAGCAAAAGGUGUCACUACUUUUGUAACAGCAAAAUGGGAAGCUACUCCGAUAGUGUUAGAACUUGCGGAAUACCUUUCUGGCGAAAGUUCAGAUUUGUUCUGGUCUUUUAUUGAUGGUGUAAAUUCCUUAAAAUCGCCCUUAGAUACCUUAGAGACAGAUAAACAAGUUUAUGAUGCAUGUAUUGGCAUAGCGAGUACAUUGUUGGCUCCUGCACAGUUGCGAAUGGCUAAACUAGCUCUGUCCAUGCAUUUAACCUCGCCUGCUGUUCGUAUGUUUGAUGAAAUUGCAUCACAAAAUGGAGCGAAGGAUGUGCAAUGUGAUACAUAUGUUGCCAUUGUUUCAAGGAAAAUAUGUGAUAUAGAGGCUUUACAUGAUAUCCUUAAAUCAUAUAAACAAUAUGAUCCUGUAGAACAUGAACUAGAGAUUUAUCAAUUAGACCACUCCUACCCUAGUAGUGAUAAUAAAAGUCUUACAGCUAUUUUGUAUGGUGAGCUGGGAACUGCUGAAUUCACUGCAAGACAUAAAAUACUUGCCACAUAUGCAGAUAUGGGUGCAGUCAACUAUGUUGUCAGAUGGAAUUUAAAGCCAAGAGGUAGACCUAAAUUGCGUCUGUCGGGCUAUGGAGUGGAGCUGCAACUUAAGAGUACAGAGUACAAAAGCCAGGAUGAUACCACACCAAAAGAAUCUGAAGCUGGGGAUGAUGCAGUACCAUCUAUUGAGGAAGAUGAAAAUGAUCCUCAGAAUCAAAUAGAUGGAUUUAACUUUGGAAGACUUAAAAACUUAUUUCCUGCUUUGCGCACACCUUUGGAGCGAUUCCGGCGUCAUUUAUCAGAGUCUAGCGAGGAGUUAGCGCCUCUUAAAGUAUGGCAGAUGCAAGCGCUUAGUAUGCAAGCAGCUGCAGCCGUCAUGGAUGCACAUGAUGCUGGAGGAGAUGAGGCCCUUAGAGUGCUUACUUCUAUUGCACAAAACUUUCCUAUGCAGACAAAGUCUCUGAUCCAUGUGAACGUGCCCCGUUCAUUCCGCGACGAAGUGUUGUACAAUCAGGACGUAUGGGCAUCAUCGCUGGGGCUGCGGCCCGCCGAGCCGUUGCUGUUGGUAUCGGGCGCGCAGUACGAUGCGGAGGAUGUGGACGUCAUGGCGCUGCUCGCCGCUCUGAGGGAAGAUGUUGGUCCCAUGAACACGUUGUACGCCCUUGGUAUGACGAAAAAACUAAUCAACACACUAAUGUCUUUGGAACUGGGCGAAGCUCAUACAUGGGAGGAGUAUGGGUUGGAUAUACGUGACACAUCAAUCACAUGGCUCAAUGAUUUGGAAACUGAUGACCGCUAUCGCCGCUGGCCUUCUUCGUAUACGGAGCUUUUAAGACCUACAUAUCCAGGAAUGCUGAGAAAUCUAAGAAGAAACAUAUAUAACUAUGUUAUAGUAGUGGACCCAACGUCAUUGGCGUCGGUUCCGCCUUUAAAGCUGGGUGAAACUCUUCUGAAGCAUGCGACACCAGUUCGAGUGGGCUUGGUCUUGGCUCCCGGCACAGAUGCGGUACUAUCGGCCGCCGUGCGUUCCGCUUUCAACUAUAUCGCGCAGGAUAAAAACUCUAAUAAAGAAGCGUUCUUUUUCCUUAUGCAGUUGAUACACUCCUCUCAAGAAGACAAUAUAACAUUAGAACAUGUGAAGAAUCAAUUGAAGAAAUAUGUUAGCUCUAGUACAAAUGUAGAUGAUAUUGUUUCUGAGGACUCCGAAUACAACUUCGGCCAUCAAUUGGCAGAAGAAUUUAUCUCCAAGAUUGGAAGCAAUAAGUAUCCUCUUGUGUUGAUAAACGGUGUGCCGCUGUGGGACGAGGGCCCGGGCUCGUCCAUGUCGUCCGUAGAGCUGCUGGAGGAGGCGCUGGUGAGCGCGCUGGCGCGCCACACCGCCCGCCUGCAGCGCACCGUCUUCCGCUCCGAGCUCGCCGACUCCGACGACGCACUCGACCACCUCAUGAAGCAACCGCACAUCAUGCCCAGAUUGAACCGUCGCGUUUUGGCAUCAGAACCUACUCAAUAUUUGGACUUAUCUGGUGUCCCUUCUUCGCCGGAAUUAUUCAGUGAAGACAAACUGCAUCGGUUGCUACAUUUGACAGGACGUGACGCAUUAGCUACUGCUUUACCAAUUUUAAAAUAUUUCAUGAAGCCUGGGAAACCUGAUAAAAUAACACAAACAAUUUGGGUAGUUGGAGAUCUUAACAUGAAGGAAUCUAGAGAUUUGUUAAGGAACGCAUUAACAUUUAUGAGGGAAGCGGGCGGUGUUCGUGUGGCCUUCAUACCAAAUGUAGAGGGUGGGUCCGUUGAUCAGUCGCUCAACAAGGUGGUGGUAUCCGCCCUAGCAGUGUUAGAGCCAGCCCACGCCACUAAGUACGUAACGCAACUGUUGGAAGACGAGGGCUGCCACGAACGACAGGACUGCGAGAUAUUGCCGGAAUUGAUCCCGGCGUUGAACAAGCAAGAGUGGGUGUUGAAGGCGGCGCGGGUGCUUUGCGCGCGCAGUUUGCGGCUACGUGCAGGCGAGCGCGCUGUGAUACACAACGCCAGGCUCAUAGGACCGUUCGCGCUUGGCGAGGCAUUCACACUGGACGACUUUGUACUGUUGGACAGAUUUAGCAAUCAAGUUUAUGGAGACAAAAUAGCUGAAGUCCUACAUAAAAAGAAAAAAUUGAAAAACGAUGUUUUCGAUGACGAUACGUUAGAUGAGGAAACGCCAGAGCUUUCAACGGACAACUACUUGAAGAUAAUAUCGGUGCUGGCGGCGCGAAGUCCGAAGGUGCGAACGCCGCUACCGACCGGACUUCGCACUGAACAUUCGCUGGUCGACUUGUCGCCCAUGUACGAAGACGAGGCUGCCGUCGAGAUCGUAGCAGUACUUGACCCAGCAUCGACGGCGGCGCAGCGUCUGGCGCCGUUACUUUUAGUGCUGCGUCGCGUGGUCAACUGCCGCAUAAAGCUGUUCCUCAAUCCUCAGGACAAGAAUUCUGACAUGCCAUUAAAAAGCUUCUACCGGUACGUGCUGGAGCCGGAGCUGCAGUUCGGCGCGCGCGGCGAGGCGGGCGCGCUGGCGCGCUUCUCGCGGCUGCCGCACGCGCCGCUGCUGUCGCUAGAGCUGCGCACGCCGCCCAACUGGCUCGUCGAGUGCGUGCGCUCCGUCUACGACCUCGACAACAUCCGCCUCGCCGACGUCGACUCGCUCGUGCACAGUGAAUUCGAACUGGAGUAUCUACUACUGGAAGGGCAUGCGUGGGACACAACCCUGGGUACGCCGCCCCGCGGGCUGCAGCUAAUCCUAGGCAGCAGGGAGCAGCCGGAGCUCAUGGACACCAUAGUAAUGGCCAACCUCGGCUAUUUCCAACUGAAGGCCAACCCUGGUGCCUGGACACUGCGCCUACGACCUGGACGCUCUGAAGACAUAUAUGAGAUUGUCGGGCACGAGAACACGGAGACGACGGCGGCUAGUGCGGACAUCCAAGUGCUGAUGGGGUCGUUCCGUAGUCACGUUAUCAAACUUCGCGUCAGCAAGAAGCCGGAUAAGCAGCAUCUCGACCUUCUCGCUGAUAACGAGGACACCAACACAGGCGGUAUUUGGAAUUCUAUUGCAAGUUCAUUCGGUGGUGGCGAGGAGCAAGAAAGUCCGGACGAGACCAUUAACGUGUUUUCCGUGGCUUCCGGACACUUGUACGAGCGGUUCCUGCGUAUCAUGAUGCUGUCCGUCCUCAAGCACACCAAAUCGCCCGUUAAGUUCUGGUUCCUCAAGAACUAUCUUAGUCCAUCGCUUAAGGACAUACUGCCGUAUAUGGCGCAGGAGUAUGGUUUCCAAUACGAGCUUGUUCAAUACCAAUGGCCACGCUGGCUUCAGCGACAGCGCGACCGGCAACGUACCAUCUGGGGGUAUAAGAUUCUGUUCCUCGACGUGUUAUUCCCUCUACAUGUCAAGAAGAUCAUUUUUGUAGAUGCAGAUCAGAUUGUAAGGGCAGAUUUGAAGGAAUUAGUGGAAUUAGAUUUGGGUGGAGCACCUUAUGGAUACACACCAUUCUGUGAUAGUAGGAAAGAAAUGGAGGGCUUCAGGUUCUGGAAGCAGGGCUACUGGCGCAACCACUUGCAGGGCCGCAGCUACCACAUCAGCGCGCUGUACGUUGUGGACCUCAAGCGUUUCCGACGCAUCGCGGCCGGCGACCGCCUGCGUGGACAGUACCAGGCGCUCAGUCAGGAUCCGAACAGUCUCUCCAACUUAGAUCAAGACUUACCAAACAACAUGAUACAUCAGGUGGCAAUAAAGUCACUGCCUCAAGAGUGGCUUUGGUGUGAGACUUGGUGUGACGACAAUUCCAAGAAGUACGCAAAAACUAUUGAUUUGUGCAAUAACCCGAUGACGAAGGAGGCCAAGCUGUCAGCGGCGAUGCGCAUAGUGCCCGAGUGGCGCGAGUACGACGACGAGAUCAAAGCGCUGCAGGCUCGCGUGCGCCGCGGACUGUACCAGGCGACCGACCACGAACAAGAACACGACUCUAGUACCGGAACCACCGACGCUCAUUCCGGUAAAGAGCACGAGCAUACAGAGUUAUGA